UUUUUCCUCUUUCUCAUCUAGACAACCAAAACAAAAAUGGAUAAUCAACUCAGGAGGAGAGAUGAGCAAGAAGAAGUUGAGAAUGGUUUCAACUCAGAAGAGGAUUCUGAUAAGAAGGGGAAGAAGCAGCAAGAAAGAGAAGAAGAAGAGGAGUUUUCAGUGGAGAAAGCUUUUGAGAACAGGCCGGUUCCUUCAUGGAGGGGACAGUUAACAAUGAGAGCCUUUGUGGUGAGCUUUGUGUUGAGUAUACUUUUCAGCUUCAUAGUCAUGAAGUUGAAUCUCACUACUGGUAUUAUUCCUUCUCUCAAUGUCUCUGCCGGCCUUCUGGGGUUCUUCUUUGUCAAGACUUGGACUAAAUUUCUUGAAAAAUCUAGUCUUUUAAGGCAACCCUUUACCAGGCAGGAGAAUACAGUCAUUCAAACCUGUGUUGUGGCCUCUUCCGGCAUAGCCUUCAGUGGAGGUUUUGGUAGUUACCUCUUUGGACUGAGUGAGCGAAUUGCUGUGCAAUCUGAAGACUCCAACCAUGGUUUCAAAAACCCUUCGCUAGGAUGGAUUAUUGGCUUUCUCUUCAUUGUCAGCUUUCUUGGUCUUUUCUCUGUGGUGCCUCUCCGAAAGAUAAUGAUCAUAGACUUUAAGUUGACAUAUCCAAGUGGUACUGCAACUGCUUAUUUGAUCAAUAGCUUCCACACAACUGAAGGAGCAAAGCUAGCAAAGAAACAAGUGAGAACGCUUGGCAAAUUCUUCUCCUUCAGCUUCUUGUGGGGUUUCUUCCAGUGGUUCUUUACUGCAGGAGACAAUUGUGGAUUUGUUAACUUCCCUACAUUUGGGCUCCAAGCAUAUGAGAACAAGUUUUACUUUGACUUCUCAGCAACAUAUGUUGGAGUUGGGAUGAUUUGCCCCUACCUUAUAAAUAUAUCUGUUUUGGUUGGAGGAGUUCUUUCUUGGGGUCUUAUGUGGCCUCUUAUAGAAAAGAGGGAGGGUGAUUGGUACCGUGCAAGUCUUGGCCAAAGUAGCCUACAUGGCAUCCAAGGUUACAGGGUAUUUAUUGCCAUCGCCAUGAUCCUAGGUGAUGGACUGUAUAACUUUUUCAAAGUGAUAACUCGAACCCUUUCAGGCUUGUUUCAUCAAGUGCGAAAUCGAGAAGUGACCAGCACUCUCCCCGUAGCAGACCAAGAUUCUCCUGUGAGCACUAAGCUCUCUUAUGAUGACCAAAAACGCACCCAACUCUUCCUUAAAGAUCAGAUUCCAACAUGGUUUGCUAUUGCAGGAUAUGUCACAAUUGCUGCAGUUUCGAUUAUCAGUCUUCCACACAUAUUUCCUGAACUUAAAUGGUAUUAUGUGUUGGUCAUCUACAUCUUUGCACCAACCUUAGCUUUCUGUAAUGCAUAUGGGUGUGGACUCACUGAUUGGUCUCUUGCAUCCACCUAUGGAAAGCUUGCUAUCUUCACAAUCGGGGCAUGGGCUGGUUCUUCGCACGGUAGUGUUCUUGCUGGCUUAGCAGCAUGUGGAGUCAUGAUGAACAUUGUUUCAACUGCCUCUGAUCUAUCACAAGAUUUCAAGACAGGUUACUUGACUCUGGCAUCUCCUCGUUCCAUGUUUGUGAGCCAAGUUAUAGGCACUGCAAUGGGGUGUAUCAUUAGCCCUUGUGUCUUUUGGCUUUUCUAUAAGGCCUUUGAUGACCUUGGGCUUCCUGGAAGUGAAUAUCCAGCUCCCUUUGCUACUGUGUACCGCAACAUGGCUAAACUGGGCGUAGAAGGUUUCUCAGCUCUGCCAAAGGAAUGCCUAUUGCUUUGUUAUGUAUUCUUUGGAGCAGCCAUAGUGAUAAACCUGACAAGGGAUUCCUUGGGUAAGAUUGGGUCGUACAUUCCUCUUCCGAUGGCUAUGGCUAUACCUUUUUACUUGGGACCAUACUUUGCCAUUGACAUGUGUGUUGGAAGCUUGAUUUUAUUCGUAUGGUCGAAGAUAGACAAGACCAAAGCAGAUAAUUUUGGACCAGCUGUGGCUUCUGGUUUGAUUUGUGGGGAUGGAAUAUGGACUUUGCCAAGUUCGAUUCUUGCUUUAGCAGGCAUAAAACCACCCAUUUGCAUGAAGUUCUUGUCAAGGACAACUAAUUCCAGGGUUGAUAAGUUCUUAGGGUUGUCUUAAAGUUUGGCUUUUGACGAAUAUAGCGUAAUUUUAUAAAUUUCUGUGCUCGUCAGAGUAUCCAUGUAUUUGUAUAAAAUUUGGUAGUAUUGAAGCAUAUUUUAGACAAGUUUAUGAUUAGUUUGAAAGCUGUAAUGUAACAUAUAUGAAAAGAAUUGUUAUAGCCUGUAUGCAGUUCUGUGAAAAUCUAUCAGAAAUUAUGCGUGCAAAAGCUUAAAACAGGCAGUUGGAUUAUAUGCAUAGCGUCUAUUGCUUAUUUUCC